GAUAGCAACACAAGGAAACCAACAUACCAGUCACUAGUCUGGUAUUUCUGGUGUCCGGACAUAGAAUCCUUCUGUUUACAAGAGUCUUGGCGGCUUUAUAACACUUCGUAAUUUAAUGAUGGUGCUUUUGUGAAGCUUGUCCUGUGUUACUUGGGAUUUUAUAUUUUUCACACGUUUGGAUUCUUUGUGUGUUACAACAUCGAUAAAAUGUUAACGUCAUCUUCAUCGUCUCAGUAUAUUAACCCGGAUUAUCUUCAACCCCUUCCUACCACGCUUGAUGCCAAGAAGAGUCCACUGGCAUUACUGGCUCAAACAUGUAGCAGUAUUGGAAAGGACACCACGUCAAAGUCCCUAAUACCGCCGCUAGAUAAAAAGGAGGGCGAGAAAAAUCCAGAGAAAUCUAGUAAUGAUGGAAACAAACGUGAGUCAAAAGAGAAGGACUCCAGUUCAUCUAGUAGUAAACCCGGCUUUAGGACCAUUCAAAAUAAGGAUAUACCUCCCCUUGUACCCGUGUCACGCUCUAGUGAAGACCAGAAAACUCCAUCUCCAUCACCAUCAAAAUCUUCCCCUCGUCCCUCAAAAGAGAAAACAUCUUCUCCUCAGGCGGACUUGACCUCUGGACCACCUCGAUCGAUCAGCUCACACAGUUCUGGGUCACAUCGCAACAUGGCAGACAAGGACGAUGACAGGAGCAAAAGACCGGGAUCAUCUCCUAGGUCACCCCACAAGUUUACUCGGGACAGUAGUUCAAUUGGAGAUAUAGCAAAGUCCGUGUCCUCUACGUCUCAGUCACCUUACAGUGCGUAUUCAUCAAUUUCUAGUUCCUUCCCCCACUACACCCAUGCUGGCCACGGACUUUCGCCAGACGCAGCUGCCGCACACUUCGCCGGAUUUCCUUUACCUUUACCAGCACAUGGUGCUUUUGGUUCCUCUUCCGCUGCUGCAGCUGCACUAGCAGCACAAUCAUCUGCCCUGGCCGCUCAAUCAUCGGCUCUGAAAGCCGGUAUGGGAUCUUCCUUCUCCCCGUACGUGACGUACGCCCGUGUGAGAACACCCUCUGGAGCCACUACCCUCGUUCCCGUUUGUCGCGAUCCCUACUGUACCCAUUGCCAAUUGACUGAACAGAAUGCACAUUUAUCAUCCACAUGUACGGCAGUUGGUUGUGCUCAGUGUGCGCAUGAAAAAUCUCUACAGAAUUUGAGCUUGGGACUUAAUGGUUCUUCAUUCUCACAUUUGCAAUCGCUUUCAGCAUCAGGGCUGUUAACAUCUGUUCCAUCCAGUUCAUUACAUUUAUCUUCUCCAUUAUAUCACCCUAGUGCGCUGAGCGGGCAUACCCAGUCGGCAUUCCCCUUUGCAUGUAAUUGGGUAUCGGCCGGGAAUGAACAUUGUGGUAAACGAUUUGCUACAUCAGAGGAACUUUUACAACAUUUGAGGACACAUACAACAGCGUCAGACCCACUUUCUUUAGCGGCCAGCUAUGACAGAUACGGAUUGGCUGCUGCUGCUGCCGCUGGCCUCCCAAGUCUCCAUGGACAUUUACCCACACCUGGGUCUGUUAGUCCCAAUUCCCUCCGGAGGAGCUACCCUACAAGUCUUAGUCCACUGUCAGGUCUUAUGGGGUCAAGUCGCUACCACCCUUACAAAUCCAUGAUAAAUCCCCCAGCGGGGCUCAGUAGUGCUCAACAUCAUCCAGGACUCGGUCCCUACCUCUCCCCCUACUCUUUGUAUGGACAGCGAUUAGGGGCUGCCGCUGUGCCCUAGUGGACACUGAGCUAUCUAAUCCAACAAAUCGCUUACAUUGUGAUAUUGUGCUAGUGCUGGCAAUAUAGACAAUUUAUAUCUAUACAAAAUCGUGUAUUACUGUAAGUUUACAAUCUUAAUGAUAUUUAGAAAUCUAUGACUUUUUGUUGUUGUAGUUCUAUUCGAGAAACUAUAUAUAAUAUCCCCUUUAUUGACUGUUAUAUCUCAGGGCAGGUGAAAAGGCUCAGUCGUGAAUUUUAACCAACAAUAGUGCUCAACUUCAGUAUUUAAGAUUAAUGUGUCAUUGAAGUUAUUUAUCAUUACAAACAUGACGUAUAACGUCAGUCGGGAAAAACGCUCAGAGAGAAUAGAAAGAAUUCUCUGCAUUCACGGUGGAAUGCUGGAGACUAAACACUGUAUUAAAAUCAUACAUAAAAUGUAUUAAAAUUAUUGUCAAUUCACA